AUGAACCGCAGGCAUCAGAGUGCCUUAGAAGGAGAGAAGAGGGGCGAUAGAACAGCUAGGUUUUCAAAAAAAAAAAAAGAAAGAAAGAAAUUAAAUGGUGGCAGACAUGUCCAAGGAAUAUUGCAGGGAUUUGAUCCCUUCAUGAAUCUUGUAAUAGAUGAAUGUGUGGAGAUGGCAACUAGUGGACAACAGAACAAUAUUGGAAUGGUGGUAAUACGAGGAAACAGUAUCAUCAUGUUAGAAGCCUUAGAACGAGUAUAA